UAUGAAAUAAGAAAUAUGAUUUGUAGAUAAGAACUGUGAGGUCACCACUGCGUUUUCGUACGUUUGAUAUUUUAUCUGAUACUUAGAUAAAUAUACCUUUUAUCUGAAACGACAUUAGCCGAAUAUAUACUGUUUACUUUCUGUUUCGGGUUACGUUUAAGGAUAUAAUAAUUAUUGGCCAUGUGUUAUAUUGGUACUACGGACAGGAACAACAACAGCAUUUAAGUUGUUAGACAUCUGUCAUAAAGACCCGAGAGUAUGGAUGUGAGUAACAGUAAUGACGACAAAAAGACCAUGGUUGACUUUUCCAUAGAAGCCUUAGAAGCUGAAUGUGACAGUUUUGCUGAAAACCUGAAAAAUGAGUUACGGAAAGCACACACUAGGUUUAAUUCUCUGUCAAUUGAAACGAAACUACUACAGGAAGAAAAUGUACAACUGAAAAAUGAAAUUAAGCAAUCAAAAGAAAACUAUUCCAGGGAACGCUGCUAUCUUAUGAACAUGAAUGAAGACAACAAAAAGCACAUUGAAAGUCUAAAUGAUAAUAUCAAAUCAAUGAACACCAAACUUAAAGAGCUUAAUUGUGAACAUAACAAAGAAAGUGAACAGCUCAAGUUUGACUUAAAUGAGGCCACGCAUUCUCUCACAACUAAGUGCAAUGAAGACAGGAUUCGGAAACAAGAAAUCGAAUAUAAAAUGCAUAAAAUGGAAGAGGAGAAUGUUAAAUAUUGUGAAAGGGUAAAGAAUUUGAAAGCUGAGGUUACAACACUGAAAUCAAGUAUGAAUAAACUACAGACACG